UCUGCCCUCCAGCCUUCUAACGGGACGACCAGCUUGAGCGAGUCGUCUCUCCGCUGCGCCGUUCUGCUACGCCCUCCCCAAAACCCUAGAAGCGGUUUGCGACAAUGGCGAAGCCUUUCCCCACCUUGGCGAUUCCCCUCUUCCUACUCUCUGUCGUCUCCCUAUUAUCUCUCCGCUGCGGCGCUUUCUCCGCCGAUCGCCCCACCGAUCGACGUCUCCUCGUCUUGGUGGACGAUCUCGCGAUCCGGUCCUCCCACUCCCUCUACUUCUCCACCCUUCAGUCCCGUGGUUACGAUCUCGACUUCAAGCUCGCCGAUGAUCCCUCGCUCGCGCUUAGCCGGUACGGCCAGUACCUCUACGACGGCCUUCUCCUCUUCUCUCCCUCCGUCCAACGUUUUGGUGGAUCUUUGGACCUGGCAGGAAUUCUCGACUUUGUGGACGCAGGGCAUGAUUUGAUCUUAGCGGCAGACUCGUCUGCUUCUGACCUGAUUCGUGAGAUCGCAACUGAGUGCGGGGUUGAUUUUGAUGAGGAUCCCGCUGCUUUGGUUAUUGAUCACACUAGUUAUGCAGUCUCUGAAACUGAAGGUGAUCAUACACUGAUUGCUUCUGAUAUUUUCAUUGAGUCUACUACGAUUCUGGGUGAUGAGAAAAUUGAGGCUCCUGUUCUGUUCCGCGGGAUUGGCCAUUCUCUAAAUGCUGCUAAUAGCUUGGUAUUGAAAGUUCUUUCUGCCUCCCCUGCUGCAUAUUCUGCAAAUCCAGCAACUAAGCUUUCAAGUCCUCCAUCACUUACAGGAUCUGCAAUAUCAUUAGUGUCUAUUGUGCAGGCAAGAAACAAUGCUCGUGUCUUGAUAACUGGUUCUUUAGAUAUGUUCAGCAAUCGUUUUCUUAAAUCUGGCGUGCAGAAGGCUGGGAGCUCCAUCAAGAAUGAAAAAUCUGGUAACCAGCAGUUUCUCACAGAGAUUAGCAAAUGGGUCUUCCAUGAAAGAGGCCAUCUCAAGGCUAUUAAUGUGCGUCAUCACAAAGUUGGAGAAACAAAUGAGCCAUCUAUCUACAGGAUCAAUGAUGAUUUGGAAUAUUCCGUUGAAAUCUAUGAGUGGUCUGGAUCAAGCUGGAAACCAUAUGUUGUAGAUGAUGUUCAAGUUCAGUUUUACAUGAUGAGCCCUUAUGUACUAAAAACCUUAUCCACCGACAAGAAGGGCCUGUAUUCAACCUCAUUUAAGGUUCCUGAUGUCUAUGGCGUUUUUCAAUUUAAGGUGGAGUACGAGAGACUGGGAUACACAAGCUUGUCACUUUCAAAACAGAUACCAGUUCGACCUUUCCGCCACAACGAGUACGAGAGAUUCAUUACCACUGCCUUCCCAUAUUAUGGAGCAUCUUUUUCAACUAUGGCUGCAUUUUUCAUAUUCACCGUUGUCUACCUCUACAACAAGUAGAAGUGGCCUCGCCUUGUUGAUGUGAUAACUCAAGUUGAAGAACACGCAAGACGCGAGAAGAUGCUCCGUUCAUUUGCUGCAUCAUUUGAAGAUCUCUGUAUUUUGGACGACCUACGAUUUUGGAUUGCCUGACAUUUUUUUUCCCGUUAUUUAUGGAACUCGAGUUGGCAUUAGGGGGCACCUCAUAAACAUUUCUCUGUAGUACUUAUUUAUCUCGAGCAUCUUAAUUGGAAUCAAGAGAUGAAAAUAAAAAUUUUCUCCA